AUGGAAAUAUCAAAACUUCUGGCAGAAAAAGAGGAGCUGGAACUAAAAAUUCAGGAGCUUACAAAUAAAAAUAUACAAUUGGCCAAAGAAAAAGAAAAACUUUGUGAACAGUAUGAAGAAAAGCUGAGCAGGAAAAAUCAUUCAGAUGAGUCUGGGCAGCUGGAAAAACUCAGACGAGAGAAUGAGAGUCUCAGCUGCAAGGUGCAGAAACACGCUGAAGAAAAAGCAGAGCUCCUACGAGAAAAUAAUGACCUCAAAGACGAACUUUAUCGAAAGACAACACUGAUGUCAUUAAUGACAUUAGAAAACAAAGAGCUCCAAAAUAAGGCCGAGAUGGUGACAUUCAAAAAUCUUGAACUGACGGAUGAGAAAGAGGAGCUCUGCAGAGAGUAUGAAGAAAGACUGUGGAGAGAGACACAACUGAGGAAGGGCUGCUGCACCUUAUUGAUGGGCAGAGACCGGAUGGACCAGAGACCUGGCAGCAGUGAGUGCAAAAGAGGCGCUGUGAGUGUCUGCCAAACAAAUGCAGAUGUUGCAGAAAACAAGACAGAAGCGCAACAAGAUAAAAUGAAGCCUCAAAUGGAAUAUAAAUUAAAUGAGAAAUGGCUGAAAGCUUCAGUGGACAACCUCAAAAUAAAAAAAUCGAAGGAACCCGGGCCAAAUAUCCUGAGGUGGCUUCAGCAAUCGCUGAAAGUCCUGAAAGAGGAUUCCUCUGAACAGUACACCCUGCCAGAAUGGCUUAAAGCAUCCAUCAGCAACCUCCCGAAGGAAUGUGCUGAGGCAUCCAGGGAGGAUGUGAAUGGUUGGCUAGAAGGAUCGAUAAAUCAUCUCCAAGAAGAAGGGCCAGAAACCUGUGAUUUAGAUGUGCAGGGAUGGCUUGAAGCAUCUAUUAUAGGCAUUCAACACCUACUAAAGUCCAAAUCAAAGUUUCGACGAAGCCAAAUAAAAGGGAUGGCUUGAAAAAUCAAUAGAGAACUUCAAGAAGCAAUGUCCUGAAGGAUCUGUGGUGAAUAUGUUAGAAUGACUUCAAGGAUCCUUAGAAAGCCUGUCAUUUUCUGGAGAACCUAGACCAGUUCUUGAAAAAUGGCUUCAACAAUCCUUGAAAAACCUGCAAGAGGAAGGUCCUGAUGUAUCUAAACAAGACGCCCAAAAAUGGGUCAAAAUAUCUAUAAAGGAUCUUGAGGAGGAAGGACCUAAAACACCACAUCUAGAUACUCAGGAAUGGCUUGAAGCCUCUAUUAAAGGCAUUCGGGAUCUACAGAAGUCCACGGUGGAGAUGAAAAGAACUCUGAGGAAUAGAAUAGAAUAGAAUAGAAUAGAAUAGAAUAGAAUAGAAUAGAAUAGAAUAGAAUAGAAUAGAAUAGAAUAGAAUAGAAUAGAAUUUUGAUUGGCCAAGUGUGAUUGGACACACAAGGAAUUUGUCUUGGUGCAUAUGCUCUCAGUGUACAUAAAAGAAAAGAUACCUUCAUCAAAGUACAACACUUACAACACUUAAUGAUGGUCAUAGGGUACAAAUUUAACACUUAAUGAUAAUCAUAGGGUACAAAUAAGCAAUCAGGAAACAAUAUCAGUAUAAAUCCAAAGGAUUACCAGCAACAAAGUUACAGUCAUACAGUCAUAAGUGGAAGGAGAUGGAUUAUGGGAACGAUGAGAAGAUUAAUAGUGCAGAUUUAGUAAAUAGUUUGAGAGUGUUGAGGGAAUUAUUAGUUUAGCAGAGUGAUGGCGUUUGGGGAAAAAAUGGACCUUUUUGGAGUGAGUGACAUACUGUGAGUCACAUGGACGAUGGUAUUACAGCAAGAGCUUCAUAACCAAUCAACACUUGUCAUCAACAAUUGUGGUUGUCUAGAUGCUGCCUUAA